UAGUCAAAAAAGGAAAAAAGUCGUCCUUUACACCAACUCGCGGCCAUCCUGCAGGUCUCGUGAGUGCCUGUGGAUAUCGUCACGUCGCAGCGUGUCGGUUGAACCGUCCACUCGCCUGGAAGCUUCCACGGAGAACUUUCGGAAGUCCACCACAAAACUAUCCGUACCUCGUUUGUCCUCCUGGAGGCGGACGAACCUACUGGAUAACACCUCCGACCAUCUUCAUCCGCCACCAGUCCCGUUUCCCUAUCAAAAGCACCACGGUGACGUCACAAGCCGGUAUACAAACAAGCUAACAGGAAACAAAGAUUAAUAAAGAUUUAUUUGAACAAAAAAAACUGAACUACAAUCGUCUGUAAACAACAACAAAAAUUCGAUGGACAGGGUAGACCUUUAUUUUGAUAGACCAACUCACGUCACAUGUCCACAGCUCAACCAAUAGCAACACAGAAUUCAAUAGUUUGCGGAAGUUACCAAUGAGCGUGUUGUCUUUUGAACGUCGUGGCUAACUUUUUUAUUUCACAAUUGUAACCCUGAUUGCGAGACGUUAGCUAUAUAGUCGGGUUAUAUAUUGCCCAUUAUAUAUCACACUAUCAUACCUGCUGGACCAAUAAUGCCCAAAUCGAAAUCAUCACGGCACCCAAAAGAAAACGAGUCCAAAGAGUUGCCAAUUUACCAGCAUAAAGCCAAACUGGUCCAGGCUGUGAAAGAUAGCACUUUCUUGGUGGUCACAGGCGAGACAGGCUGCGGGAAAACCACACAGCUUCCACAAUAUUUACACGAAGCAGGUUUUUGUAAAAAUGGCAAAAUUUGCAUCACCCAGCCCCGCAGAGUGGCUGCCAUCACGGUUGCUCAGAGGGUUGCCCAGGAGAUGCAAUGCACUCUGGGUAAACAGGUGGGCUAUCAGGUGCGCUUUGACGACUAUACGUCACAGGACACGCAGGUGAAGUACAUGACGGAUGGCUGUUUGCUCAGAGAGGUCCUGGCAGACCCAGGACUAGCUCAAUAUGCCGUGGUGGUCUUGGAUGAGGUCCAUGAGCGAAGCCUCAACACAGAUAUCCUCCUGGGCUUGCUAAAGAAAGUCUUCUCUGAUCCCGCUGAGGCAACAAAGGUACGCUCUUUCCCACUGAAAGUGGUGGUGAUGUCGGCUACCAUGGAAACAGACAAACUUUCCACCUUCCUGGGCGACUGUCCCGUAUUCACGAUACCCGGGAGGACCUUUCCUGUUACAUGCACAUUUGGCAACGCUGUAGGACCCAAGGACUUGGACAGCAUGGGUUAUGUGAAGGAGGUUGUGUGCGUGGCCCUGGAUGUCCACACCAGUGAGAUGGCAGGAGAUAUUUUGGUGUUUUUAACAGGUCAGUCAGAAAUUGAACACGCCUGCGAUUUCCUGUUUGAGAAAGCCGAGUCUAUAGAUUACCGCUACGAUGUACAGGAUAAAACAGUUGAAGGACUCCUUAUUUUACCCCUCUAUGGUUCCAUGCCUACUGAUCAACAGCGGCAGAUCUUUCAGCCGCCUCCUCCCGGAAUAAGGAAGUGCGUUGUGGCCACAAACAUCGCAGCGACAUCUCUCACCAUCAACGGCAUUAAGUACAUCAUCGACAGCGGUUUUGUCAAACAACUCAACCACAACUCCAGGGUGGGCAUGGACAUUUUGGAAGUGGUGCCCAUUUCUAAGAGUGAGGCCCGUCAGAGAGCGGGCCGAGCUGGAAGAACGUCAGCUGGGAAGUGUUUCCGCAUAUACACGAAGGAAUUCUGGGAGGAGUGCAUGUCGGAAUAUACGGUUCCAGAGAUCCAGAGGACAAGUCUGACGGCAGUGAUCCUCACCCUCAAGUGCCUGGGUGUUCAUGAUGUCAUUCGGUUCCCUUACUUGGACCCUCCAGAGGAGAGGUUUAUCCUGGAGGCGUUGAAACAGCUGUAUCAGUUUGAUGCUAUUGACAGGAGGGGUCGAGUGACUCGCCUGGGGGAGCUGAUGGUGGAGUUCCCUCUGCACCCGGGCCUCACCAGGGCUUUGCUCAAAGCCGCUUCACUCGGCUGCCAGGACCUUCUGCUUCCAGUGGCCGCCAUGUUGUCUGUGGAGAAUAUCUUCAUACGACCAGGCCACCCUGAGAAGCAGAAAGAGGCCGAUCAAAGUCACAGGACACUGGCAGCCAAGAGCGGCGGAAUGAACGACUUUGCCACACUUCUUGCCGUCUUCCAACUGUGUCAGUCCAGCGAAAGACCUUCUGCUUGGUGCAAGGACAAUUGGAUCCACUGGAGGGCGCUGAAAUCUGCAUUUAGCGUGGAGACUCAGCUGCGUGACAUUCUCCUCCGCCUGCAACAAAAGAGAGACUUCCCAGUGGAGAAGUUUGACGGCAAUAAAAAGGAACUUUUUAGACGGUGCCUGUGCACGGGAUACUUCACAAACGUAGCGAGAAGAUCUGUUGGGAAGGUGUUUUGCACAAUGGAUGGUCACGGAUCCAUGGUUCACAUCCACCCAUCGUCAUCGCUGUUUGAGCAGGAGAUGGAGCUGGACUGGAUUCUCUUCCACGAUGUGCUGGUGACAUCGCGGGUCUACGUCAGGACCGUGUGUCCCAUCAGAUAUGAGUGGGUGAAGGAGCUGCUCCCCAAACUGCACGAGGUGGACGUCUACGAGCUCAGUAGCGUGGCGAGACAAGAAGUGACUGAGGAGGAGGUGAUCAAGUGGGAGAGCAGGGAGGCGGCGAAAAGACAACCAGAGGUUUCUACUGAGGAUGUCUUGAAGAAACUGGAGAAGCGAAAUAAUGAAAGAACUGUCAGUGACGCUCGCAUUCGCUACCUGCAGCGCAAGCAACAAAGACAACAAAACAGUAAAGCUCCCUGACUGUGGGAAAUAACUCAUUUUUAAAACAUACGCCAUGAUAAUAAACAUUUUUUUUACAUUUUUUAAAAAUCCCAUUAUGUCCAGCAGUGAUGCAGUUCAUUUAUUUAUCUUGACUAUAUUUAUGAUAAAGGCUAUACUUUAGCUAUAGGUGGCAGCAGUGACUCAGGAUGCAGAGCGGGUUGUCUGGAAACCGGAAGGUUGGCUCCCUCCACCCGGUCACUGUCAUUGCGUCACUGGGCAAGACACUUCACCCACCUCUUGUGCUACCCACGCUGGUGUAUGAAUGUGAAUUAAUGUUUGGUGGUAGUCUGAGAGGCCAUAGGUGCUAAUGGUUAGUAGCUGUGGUUACAGAUGUAGAUUACCACCACUGUGAUGUGAUAUAGGAGUGAAUGAACAAUGGGUUCACUUUAUUGUGAAGCGCUUUAGGUGCAUUGAAAAGCACUAUAAAAUCUCAUCCGUUAUUAUUAUAGGCAACCUCUUGACGUAGUUUAUGCUAACUCCACAAGAUGGCAAACUGCAUUUGCAGUAUCACGAGUGGGCAGCAUCUAGCAACUUCAUUGACAUUUGAGUGCAGUUAAGAAUGU